AACUUGCUCGCCCCAGCAUCACUCGCCUGCAUCGGCCGGAUCCCCGCCUGUCCUAUUGCCACCCGCCGCUGCCCGGCUCCGAGCAACCAUGACCGACGGCCCUCCAAGAAUCCUGAAGAUCAACAAAUCGCCCAGCGAUGCACUUGCGCUGACAAACUGCAUCAUCGCGAGCCCCCGCGACUUCCAUCCCAACAGCAAGUAUCUCCUGAUCGACCUUGGCGACCGAGGAAACUUUGUCUUCACACUAAAGGUGGUGGAUGGCUUCCCCGCUGGAGAACUUGGAACGACCCUGUUCCACCGCAAGUUUGCCUUCCUUUCCCUCGCACAGGAGGUUCGGGCGUUUGCCUACAACCCCUUCGCAGAGAACCUCAACUGCUAUAUCGGAACAAUCACCCUCGAGGUCUCGCUCUUCAAAAAGGGGCUCCAGCUGAAGGAAGCAUUCGAUACCAACGAGCUCCAGUCAAUCUUUAUCCGAAAUUUCAGCCAGCACUAUUUCACCCGUGGUCAGUCGCUCAUCUUCGACUUUCAUGGAAUGAACCUCAUUGCGACGGUUAUUUCACUGGAUGUCGUCAACUUUGAGGCCCUCAAGAAAGGCGGCGGUCAGACGCAGCAAAGCCAGGAAAUCAUGCGUGGUAUUCUCAUGGACAACUCAUCCGUCGCCUGGACUAAAGCCUCGGACUCGACCAUUAUGCUCAAAGGAGCACAGACCCGUGCCCCGGCCAAUAUGCUGAUUCAGCCUGAUUUCAAGUUCGAAGAUAUGGGUAUCGGUGGUCUCGAUAAGGAGUUUGCCAACAUCUUCCGACGUGCCUUUGCCUCGCGCAUCUUCCCGCCCCAUAUCGUCGAGAAGCUCGGCAUCCAGCACGUCAAGGGCAUCCUGCUCUACGGACCACCCGGUACCGGUAAAACCCUGAUUGCCCGCCAGAUCGGAAAGAUGCUCAACGCCCGUGAGCCCAAGAUUGUGAACGGCCCAGAAGUCCUCAGCAAGUUCGUUGGCGAAUCCGAAGAGAACGUCCGCAAGCUCUUUGCCGAUGCCGAGAAGGAGUACAAGCAACGAGGCGAAGAAAGCUCGCUACACAUCAUCAUCUUUGACGAAUUAGAUGCAAUCUGCAAGCAACGUGGCUCCAAGAACGAUGGAACCGGCGUCGGCGACUCGAUUGUGAACCAGCUGCUUUCCAAGAUGGAUGGUGUCGACCAGCUUAACAACAUCCUGAUCAUCGGCAUGACCAACCGUAAAGACAUGAUCGAUGAAGCUCUCCUUCGUCCCGGUCGCCUCGAGAUUCACACAGAGAUCGGACUGCCUGACGAAAAGGGUCGAUUGCAGAUCCUCAAAAUCCAUACUACCAAGAUGACCAAUAACAACGUGCUGGAUGGCGACGUGGAUCUCAACGAGCUGGCCAACCUGUCCAAGAACUUUAGUGGUGCCGAGAUAGCGGGCUUGAUCAAGAGCGCAACCUCAUUUGCCUUCAGCCGACACGUCAAGGUUGACAACAUGGCCCAUGUUAGCCAAGACUACGAGAACAUGAAAGUCAAUCGCGCCGAUUUCCUGCGUGCCCUGGAUGAGGUCCACGCCUCGUUUGGUGUGUCUGAGGCUGAGUUCCAGACCUGCAUCCAGAACGGCAUCAUCAAGUUCAACACCAAUGUCUCACGAAUCCUGUCGGACGGCGCUCUUUUCGUCGAGCAAGUCCGCAACAGCGCGCGCACACCUCUUGUCAGCGUGCUCCUGCACGGUCCGUCGGGAAGCGGCAAGACCGCGCUGGCAGCAUCCAUUGCGAUGGCGAGCGAGUACCCCCUGAUCAAGUUGAUUUCACCAGAGCAGCUCGUUGGGUAUUCGGAAAACGCAAAGAACAACUACAUCACCAAGGUGUUUGAUGAUGCAUACAAGUCGCCGCUCAGUAUCAUCGUGAUUGAUGCGAUCGAGCGUCUGCUGGACUGGGUGCCCAUCGGACCCCGCUUCUCCAACACCGUCCUGCAGACCCUCCUGGUUCUCCUCAAGAAGCAGCCGCCGAGCAACCGCCGCCUCCUGAUUCUCGGCACGACUUCGCAGCGACAUGUUCUGGAGCAGAUGGACAUGGUCGACGCCUUCAACUCCCAGAUCUAUGUGUCGAACGUGACGGAUCUGAGCUCUGUUGACGUGAUUCUCAAGGAACUCGAGCUGUUCUCCGAUGCGGAGCGAAACCAGGCACUCCAGAGCCUGACCAGGGCCGGCUUGGCCAACAAGCUGUCGAUUGGCAUCAAGAAGCUCUUGAUGAUGACCGAGAUGGCCCGACAGGACAUCGAUAAGGUCGAGAAGUUCAUCAACGUCAUCACCGACGAGGGCCAGAGCUAUGCUUGAGUGCCGACCGCUGCCCCGAUUGUCCCUGGGACCCUCAUCCGCCAGGCCCAUUUGGAUUUUCCAGGGACUUGCUGCAGGCAUGCCCAGGCAGCGGAUGCAGCAGGUGCAAUCAGAUGCAAUCGAAUGCAAUCAGAUGCAACACGCCUUGCAGCAUUCUCUGUAGCAAGCGAGGUUUCUGGCAAGAGGAUGAGCAGCGCAUGCCCCAGGGCACGCAGUGGGGAAGAGCAUCCUCCUGGGCAAAGAAGCAAGACACCGGUCG